GAAAUAUUAACUUUCAUAUCAACAUUAUAGCAUUUCUGAGAAAAAGUACGAAUUCUGAGAUAAAAGGAUGCAGUUAUCUUUUCUAAUUUUUAGUGUGUCCUUGUUCACUUGAGAUGCAAUAAUUUUCUCUGUGUUUACCUUUGCUGAACAGUGAUGUUAAUACCAUAGUAGCAGGUAUUUUUAUGUUACAUUAACAAUACAUUAGUAGUUUUAAGUAAACAGAAAAUGAGUUUUCACUGCUUUGAGGUCAAGAAAUAAAGUUAAAGUGAAUGAAACCAAAUUUAGGCCUCACUCCUUGAGAGCCCUCAUACAAUUCCAACACUUGCCCUGUGUCAUCCUACAACAACACAGUGUGAGAUGAGUCUGCAUGAAUGAGGAGAUAUCACUCUAUUGAUAAUACAGAAGAUUUUCUUAUGUAGUCAUGUACACAUACGCAAAAGUGUAUCUGCGUGGGUUUGUUCAUUUGUGUGUUCAUUUAGUAAAAGUAUCAGAGCAGAAGAUAUAUAUAUAAAGGAUGGAGAUAGGCACACUGUGUAGUGAAGUAUGUUUACACUGAGUGGAGGACACAAUGUUCAUCUAGCUUCACAUCGGAAGAGGCUCUAUAUAGCAGCAGUCGGUUACAGCAAUGGUAAUUUCAGGAAGGAAACUAGGCCUCAGAGACGCUAUUGCAGGUGCCACUGCGCUCAAAAGAUAACACCUCAAAGUGCUUGACCUGGAGGCCAUAAGGGUAUUUGUGGGCCUGAUGCGUUUUCAUGGAUUUCCACUGGAUGCUUUUAUGCUUUAUUUCAGUUAUAGUGUCAUUUUGUGUAAGCUGCUGUAACUGCACAGAUGAAGAAACCGAGACCUCAGGUGAUCAGGCAGGCCGCUUGAGACACAUGUGGCUGCUCUCAAUGAGGGAUGCAAAGAGGAGAGAGAAAGCAGCCGUAGACGAGUCUAAUCCAGCUCAAGGUCUCACAUCACAUCAGCUCCUGUAUUGCCGUGUUGGGAUUGGUUUUCACCUACAGAUUCUGAUGAAUGGCAGUGUGUUGGGCGUUCAUGAGCCUUCUGAGUACAGCUCCCUGAGAGUGUUUGCUUUGAGGGCGGGCGUAGUGGGUAUCCGUGGUGUGAAGAGUGAGCUGUAUUUGUGCAUGAAUCAGGAAGGAAUUGCACAUGGAAUGAAGAAGUUCUCAAAUGAAUGCAUUUUUAAAGAGUGCAUGGAAGAAAAUCACUACAACACGUACUCCUCCCUGAUCUACACAGGGUUUUUUCUGGCUCUGUCCCCGCAAGGCCAGCUGAGGAAAGGCAACAGAGUGGGCCGCCACCAGGCCUGCACACACUUUCUUCCUCGCAAACAUUUAUUACACUAAACUAAACACUUAACACGUCAUAUCUAUAACUCAUCAUCUACAUGUAGCAUCAACAUUUAAACCUAUGAAACCAUCACAGGGUGUUAUAAUCUUAUUUUGAUGAGCAUAUAUUGUCCCUUCUAUUUGACAGGCUCACUUCAAGCUAUUGCUGAGAAAAUUAAAACUGUGACAACACCAAUAUAGGCACUAUAAGUAGCAGUGCAUGUGGGUGAAGCCAUUAGGGACUAUUUCAGUAGCUAGGCUGGUGUGCGCUAGCAAACCUGCUGAAAUUAUUUAGCAUGGUUUAGUUUUUUUUUUUUUUUUGGUAACCACAUUCUUUCAACAAGGUUUAUUUUUAAAUGUCACCUCAAGCUCGCAUAGAACUCAUCUGGUGAAAGGUGAAAGCAGUCUGUGAAUUAUGCACAACAGUCAUUUAUGUUUAACAUGCAACAUUAUUGGUCAGUCUCACAGAUUCUAUAUUAUUCUAUAAUAUUCUCCCUCACUGUAUUUUUAUGCUGUUUUAAACAUUUAAAUUGAUAAAUGACCUGUGAAUGUGACAUUUUAUUAUGACAAUUUGAUUUUGUAUAUAAUGAAUGUGUAAAUGUUUAUUUAUUUAUUGUAUUUAUCAAAUAUGUAAAUGAGAUCUAAAUACAUGAGAGUUAUUUUAGCAUUAUUUAUAUACUAU